AUGGGCUCCUCGCAGAGCGUCGAGAUCCCAGGCGGGGGCACGGAAGGCUACCACGUCCUGCGGGUGCAAGAAAAUUCUCCAGGACACAGAGCUGGACUGGAGCCAUUCUUUGAUUUUAUUGUUUCUAUUAAUGGUUCAAGAUUAAAUAAAGACAAUGAUACUCUUAAGGAUCUACUGAAAGCAAAUGUUGAAAAACCUGUCAAAAUGCUUAUCUACAGCAGUAAAACACUGGAGCUGAGAGAGACCUUGGUUACACCAAGUAACAUGUGGGGUGGUCAGGGCCUGUUGGGAGUGAGCAUUCGUUUCUGCAGCUUUGAUGGGGCAAAUGAAAACGUUUGGCAUGUUUUGGAAGUGGAAUUGAAUUCUCCUGCAGCACUAGCAGGUCUUCGACCUCACAGUGAUUAUAUCAUUGGGGCAGAUACAGUCAUGAAUGAGUCUGAAGAUCUGUUCAGCCUUAUUGAAACACAUGAAGCUAAACCAUUGAAACUGUAUGUGUACAACACAGACACUGAUAACUGUCGAGAAGUGAUUAUCACCCCAAAUUCAGCAUGGGGUGGAGAAGGCAGCCUAGGAUGUGGCAUUGGGUAUGGCUAUUUGCAUCGAAUACCUACACGCCCAUUUGAAGAAGGAAAGAAAAUUUCUCUUCCAGGUCAAAUGACUGGUCCACCUAUGACUCCUCUUAAAGAUGGUUUUACGGAGGUCCAGCUGUCCUCAGUGAAUCCCCCAUCUUUGUCACCACCAGGAACUACAGGAAUUGAAGAGAGUUUGUCUGGACUUUCUAUUAGCUCAACUCCUCCAGCUGUCAGUAAUGUUCUCAGUACAGGUGUACCAACAGUACCAUUAUUACCACCACAGCUAAGCCAGUCCCUUUCUCCUAUACCACCAAUAAAUCCAGCUACUACAUUACCAGGUCUGAUGCCUUUACCAGCAGGACUGCCUAACUUAUCUGCCCUUCCCAACCUCAACCUCCCUGCACCACACAUCAUGCCGGGUGUUGGCUUACCAGAAAUCAUGAACCCCGGUUUGGCACCUCUUCCUUCCUUGCCUCCCCGAAACUUGCCUGGUAUUGCACCCCUCUCCAUGCCAUCCGAGUUCCGCCCGUCAUUCCCUCUAGUCCCAGAGGUCUCUUCUGCAGUUGGCUCUGGGGAGCUGCUGUCUUCCCUUCCACUUCCCAGCAACCCACCUUCUGACCCUGUUACAACUACUGCAAAGGCAGACGCGGUCUCCUCACUCACCUUGGAUUCGAUGCCCCCUACUGCAAAGGCCCCGGCCACUGCUGAGGACAGAGUCAGCGAGUCCGCUCCCCCGGCCAGUGAGAAGCAAGUUUCUGCAGUUAUGGAUGCAAGUACUUCGGAGUCACCUUAACUUUGAACCAUUCUUCGGAAUCAGCGUGGUGUGUUUAUUCGGCCAUUGGAGCGUGUCUGAAAAUGCAAACUAUCAUUAGUUUCAUACUAGUUUGUACCGUUAUCUGUAGACAUCUGUAAAUAAUCCUAAGGGGAGAACUCAGCAAGAGGAAGUGGGCUUGUAGCCUGCCAAGUUGGGGUGGGGCUCAUGGAUGUGGGAGGGAAAUGUCAGAAAGUACUUGUAUUCUAAAACAACCAAAAAGAAUUGUUAAAGGGGGCUUGCUG